UUUUUAGCUUCCUUUUUUAAAGUAUGUAGUAGAAGUGAUCCAAAUUUAAACGAUUGUAUUAAGGAAUCGGUAGAACAAAUAAGACCCCAUUUGGAGGAUGGGAUUCCGGAAUUUGGUAUACCCCGUUGUGAACCACUAAAAAUUCCAGAGGUUUCGAUCGAUCAAGGGUCAGGUCCAGUAUCAUUGAAAUCGACGUUCAAGAACAUUGAAAUUCAUGGUCCCUCAAAAUUUGGAUUGAAAAGUGUUAGAAUCGAUUUAGACAAAAAUAAAGUAAAAAUUAAAUUAUGGAUCCCAAAUUUGUUACUACAAGGCGAUUACAGCAUGGAAGGUCGAAUCCUAAUGAUGCCAAUAGUUGGAAAUGGGAAGUGUACCGGAAACUACAGUAAUAUUGAAGCUACUAUAGUAUCUCAAGCAGAGAAAAUAAGAAAGGACGGACAGCUUCAUUACAAUGUAACUGACUUUUUCGUAGAAUUUUCUAUUGGUUCAGCGACGGUACAUUUAGAUAAUCUUUUUAAUGGAGACAAAGUUCUAGGAGAAGCUAUGAAUUUAUUCAUCAACGAUAAUUGGAAGAAUGUGGCAAACGAAAUCAAACCUGUUUUAGAAGAGACAAUUGCUGAUAUUUUUAAACGAUUUUGUAAUAAAAUAUUCCACAAAUAUCCAAUAAAUGUUCUCUUACUAAUUUCUAACAAACUUUUUCAAAAUAUGAAUCAACUAAAUGUUUCUGUAGUUCUUCUUGUUUGUGCUUUCCUUUUGCCAAUUAUAUGUAGAGGUGACACAAAAAUAGACACCAGGAAUCUGCUAUAUCUAGAAAAUCCACCAUGGUUGAAAGUUUGUAAACGAAGUGAUCCGAAUUUAAACUCAUGUAUCAACGAAAUGUUUAAGAAUAUGUUUCCAUCUUUAGCUACAGGUAUACCGGAAGUUAAGAUACAGAGAUUUGAACCUCUUCACUUGGACAGGGUUUCGGUGAGCAAAGGAUCCGGUCCGAUUGUUUUAGCAGGAAGUUUGUAUAAUUUAACAGUUUUUGGACCUUCUAAUGCAACACCUACAUAUAAUGAGAUUGAUAUUAAGGCAGGAACUUUAAAUUCCGGCAUAUUUCUGCCCUUAUUGGAUAUUAAAUCCCUCUACAACUUGAAAGGGAAAAUUUUAGUACUUCCCUUAGUUGGAGAAGGGAUUUGCCACCUGAAGUUGUCUGAAGUGGACACAAAAGUGGUGUCGAAAAUUAGUUUUCCAAAAAUAGCUGGCAGAGAAAUUCUGAAAAUAAAUCAAAUGAAAGUUACAUUCACUGUUGGAGAUAUGAACGUUGAAUUAAAAAAUUUAUUUAAUGGAAAUAAAGUUCUAGGGCAAACAGUGAACAGUUUUCUUAACAAAAAUUCCGCAGAAGUGAUAUCAGAGCUCAGUGAAAGUAUUGGGGAUAGUUUGGCCAUUAUUUUUACUGAUUUGAUGAAUGAAGUAUUUAGUAAAAUUCCUACAGAUUUGUGGCUACUCGAGUAAAGACACAAACAGCGACAAAAAAUACGGAAAAUCUUAGGAAAAUAUUUUAAUAAGUGUGCAUGUGUAA